AUCUCCACCCUUCCUUCCUUAUCACAGAUAUCUCUCUCUCUCUCUAUAUCUUUCUUCCUCUCCCAUUUUUCUUUCUCACUAUCUACUGGAUAAGAGAGCUCUCAACUCAAACCACCACGUUAAUGCUUAUGCCUUCUUCAUUAUCCAAUUUCUGAUGAACUCCACCGCUCCCAACACCAUUACUUGCACCUUCUUCUAAUUUACAUUUUUAAUUUACCUUAUAGUUUUUCACAUUGUUGGUCUAGCUUAUUACUAGCUCUAAAUUGGUGCUCUUUCACUUCAUAAUCUUAAAAAGUGCAUUAAAUAAAACACCCUUUACUCUCAAUACUUAUAACAAGCUCUAGAGACUUUCUGUUCUGCUACCUGGUUUACUUAUAGAGUUUCAACUUCAACCCUUCAGCUCAUUUAGUUGAACAGAGGUCGAAAAUGUCGCCUAGAAACAGUCGUGGAAAGGCCAAGGGAGAGAAGAGGAAGAAAGAAGAUAAGGUUCUUCCAAUCGUCAUGGACAUCACCGUGAACCUUCCCGAUGAAACCUGUGUUAUUUUAAAGGGAAUAUCAACGGACAGGAUCAUCGAUGUUCGUCGCCUUUUGUCCGUAAGGACCGAAACUUGCAACAUCACAAAUUUCUCGCUAUCGCAUGAGGUGAGGGGGUCACAUUUAAAAGAUACGGCGGACGUUUCCGCACUGAAGCCCUGUGUACUCACUCUGGUCGAAGAGGAGUACGAUGAAGAAGAGUUGGCAGUGUCGCACGUUAGGAGAGUGUUGGACAUCGUGGCCUGCACGACCAGCUUUGGCGCGUGGGGGUCGUCGAAGAACAACAGCCCAAAAUCCGAUGAAAAUGCAAAUAAGUCGAAAUCCGAUGAAGAGGAAGAGAUGACGAGGCAUUCGUGUCCAAAGCUCGGAACAUUCUAUCACUUUUUCUCUCUCUCCCACCUCACCCCUCCUCUCCAAUUUAUAAGGAGAGCAACAACAAGACGGCAUGUCAAUGAGAUUAAUUCAGCUGCUGAUCAUCAUCUUUUCUCAUUUGAUGUGAAGCUUUGCAAUGGGAAGUUGGUUCAUGUGGAAGCUUGUAGGAAGGGAUUUUAUAGUCUUGGAAAGCAGCGAAUACUAACUCACAACCUUGUUGAUUUGUUACGACAGCUUAGUAGGGCCUUUGAUAAUGCUUACAAUGAUCUCAUGAAAGCAUUUUCAGAGCGCAACAAGUUUGGGAAUCUUCCAUAUAGCUUCAGAGCCAAUACAUGGCUUGUUCCACCUGUUGCAGCACAGUUGCCCUCAGUUUUCCCUCCUCUCCCAGUGGAGGACGAAACUUGGGGAGGAAAUGGAGGUGGUCUAGGAAGAGAUGGAAAAAGUGAUUUGAUUCCUUGGGCUAACGAGUUUCUGUUUCUUGCAUCUAUGCCUUGCAAGACAAUGGAGGAGAGGCAGGUUCGAGAUAGGAAGGCAUUCCUUCUUCACAGCCUAUUUGUUGACGUUGCCAUUUUCAGAGCCAUCAAAGCUGUCCAGCAUGUAAUGGAACAGCCGGAUUUAAUUUGUUCUGUUUCAAAUGGCGAAAUUCUUUAUACGGAGAGGGUUGGGGAUUUGAGCAUCAUGGUCAUGAAAGAUGCAUCCAAUGCGAGCUGUAAGCUAGAUACUAAAAUUGAUGGAAUUCAAGCAACUGGAGUGGAUGAAAAGAAUCUAGCAGAACGAAACCUACUGAAAGGGAUCACUGCUGAUGAAAACACUGCUGCUCAUGACAUUGCCACUCUAGGUGUUAUCAAUUUACGAUAUUGUGGUUAUAUCGCAACAGUGAAAGUUGAGCAAAGAGAGAAUGUCAAGGGCAGCAAUCCAUCUCAAAGCAUUGAACUCCUUGAUCAACCUGAUGGAGGUGCCAAUUCUCUUAAUAUUAACAGUUUGAGAUUGCUUCUUCACAAAACUCCACCUCCAGAGUACUAUAAGCCUGCACCACAUAUGCAAAGUUUGGAGCAUGAAGAGAUCAAUGCUUCCCGAUCUUUUGUAGAGGGGCUGUUGGAAAAAAGUCUUGCUAAGCUUGAAGAGAAGGAACUAGGAUUGGACCAUGUUGUGAGAUGGGAGCUUGGAGCCUGCUGGAUACAACAUUUGCAAGACCAGAAAAAUACAGGUAAGGAUAAGAAGCCAUCUGGUGAGAAUGCAAAGAAUGAAAUGAAGGUCGAGGGACUUGGGACAAAUCUUAGAUCCCUUAGGAACAACAGGAAGAAAACAGAUGGAAGCAAUCUCAAAGGGCAGUUUGAAAACUCUAGAUCGAAUGCAGAAGGUGUUAUUGGGGAAGCUGAACAUUCUAUAUUGCCUUCCAUAGAAUCUCAGCUUGAAACCAAUGCAAAAGAAAAUGAGCUUGCCAUGAAGAGGGUGUUGUCUGAAGCAGCCUUUGCUCGAUUACAAGAAACAGAAACUGGCCUUCAUUGCAAGUCUUUUCAAGAACUGAUUGACUUGUCCCAAAAAUAUUACACUGAAGUUGCUCUUCCAAAACUGGUAGCAGAUUUUGGUUCAUUGGAACUCUCGCCAGUUGAUGGCCGAACUCUAACUGAUUUCAUGCAUACUAGAGGCCUUCGAAUGCGUUCUCUGGGGCAUGUUGUCAAGCUUUCAGAAAAGCUACCACAUGUGCAGUCACUGUGUAUUCAUGAGAUGAUAGUACGAGCUUUUAAGCACAUUCUUCAGGCAGUGAUUGCUGCUGUUGACAACACACAGAAAAUGGCAGUAUCAAUAGCUGCUGCAUUGAAUAUGAUGCUUGGUGUUCCUGAAAAUGAAGAGUCAAACAAACCGUGCAAUGUCCAUUCCCUUGUCUGGAGAUGGCUGCAGGUCUUCUUGAAAAAGAGAUUUGAAUGGGAUCUUAGUAGCUUGAACUACAAAGAUAUUAGAAAAUUUGCAAUUCUACGUGGAUUAUGUCAUAAGGUGGGUAUUGAGCUGGUUCCAAGGGAUUUUGACAUGGAUUCUCUGAACCCAUUCCGGAAAUCAGAUAUUGUCAGCUUGGUCCCAGUGCAUAAGCAAGCAGCAUGCUCAUCAGCGGAUGGGAGGCAACUCCUGGAAUCAUCAAAAACAGCUUUGGAUAAGGGAAAGCUUGAAGAUGCAGUUUCCUAUGGGACAAAGGCUCUUACAAAGCUGGUAGCAGUUUGUGGUCCAUACCAUCGAAUGACAGCAGGGGCUUACAGCCUCCUUGCUGUAGUUUUGUAUCACACUGGAGAUUUCAAUCAGGCCACAGUUUAUCAACAGAAAGCUCUGGAUAUCAAUGAGAGAGAACUAGGUCUUGAUCAUCCAGAUACAAUGAAGAGUUAUGGAGAUCUUGCUGUCUUCUAUUACAGACUUCAACACACAGAGCUGGCUCUAAAGUAUGUAAAGCGAGCACUGUAUCUUCUACAUCUCACAUGCGGUCCAUCUCAUCCAAACACUGCUGCAACAUACAUCAAUGUGGCUAUGAUGGAGGAAGGCCUAGGGAAUGUGCAUGUAGCCCUCAGAUAUCUCCACAAAGCUCUGAAGUGUAACCAAAGGUUACUUGGGCCAGACCAUAUUCAGACUGCAGCAAGUUACCAUGCAAUUGCAAUAGCACUCUCAUUGAUGGAAGCAUACCCUUUGAGUGUUCAGCAUGAGCAAACAACCUUGCAAAUUCUGCGAGCAAAGCUGGGUCCGGAUGACCUUCGUACACAGGAUGCUGCUGCUUGGCUUGAGUACUUUGAGUCCAAGGCUUUUGAACAACAAGAAGCUGCACGAAAUGGUACUCGGAAGCCGGAUGCAUCCAUAGCAAGCAAAGGCCACCUUAGUGUGUCAGAUUUGCUUGACUAUAUUAAUCCAAAUCACGAUGCCAAAGGGAGAGAUGGAGCAGUAAGGAGGAAAAGCUACAUUGCAAAGGUGAAGGGAACAUCUCAUCAAGAUUUAAGCCCACGAAGUUCUGAUGAAACUACCAAAGAGGAGAUUUCAGAUGAAGAGACACCUAUACCUGAAACGGAAGUUAGUGCAGAUGCUAACCAGGAGAUUAGCCCUGUCCCUGUUGAGUCCCAACAAUCUGUCAUGGAAAAGACUGUAGAGGAAAAUCCAAAUAUUGCCCACGAAAUCUUUUCUGAAACACAUGCUGAAGGAGAGGAUGGAUGGCAACCGGUUCAAAGGCCAAGAUCAGCUGGCUCAUAUGGUCGGCGACUGAAGCAGCGGCGUGCAACUAUUGGAAGGGUCUAUAGUUAUCCAAAAAAGAAUGUGGACACAGAUAUAGAGUAUUCUCCGGUCAAGAAUACUCAUAAGACCAGUAAGUAUUACCUAUUAAAGAAACGAACAACUUCACAUGGGAGUUAUACAGAUCACCAAACAUUGAACCCUGCCCAAGGCACCAAAUUUGGGCGGAGAAUAGUCAAAACUGUAACAUACAGAGUCAAGUCAAUGCCUUCAUCUACCAAAACUGCUACAACAGAGACCCCUGGAAAUAGUGGUGAGCUUUUCAGUUCUCCGUUAUCUUGUCCAAAUUCUGCGCCAAAUGAUGUUGGCCCAGUGAAAAAUUCAAUUGUCAGUCUUGGAAAAUCACCUUCGUAUAAGGAAGUAGCAUUGGCCCCACCAGGUACCAUUGGUAAAUUGCAGAUCUGGGUGCCCCAAAGUGAUUUUCCGGAUAAUCGAGAACUUGUCUUUGGAAAACAUGAAGAGGAAAUGAAUGACGUAAAAGGAAAUGAAAAAUUAGUUGGAUCAGAGAUGGAAAGUGUAUUUGAAGAAAAAAAUAAGAAUUCUAUACCAAAUUCCACAGAUCACUUAAAAGAGGAAAUUGUAGUUGUUGAGAAGAAAGAAGACACUUUGUUAACUGAUGCAAUGGAAGAUAAUCCGUCUUUGGUGGCAUCAGAGAGCGUGGAAGGACUUGAAUCUGGUAGAGUUGAGGUUCAAGAAUUGGUAGAGACUGGCAUAAUUGAUGGCAUGCCAAAUGGUAUUGAUUCUCUCAAAAGGGAGAUGAGUGAGAAGGAUUCAUCUACCAGUUCUGAAACCCAACAAAAUUCACAAUCUACCUGUCAAGGAGUAGAGGAUCUGCAGGAAAAACCCUUGAUUCUAAAUGCAGGUGAUGUAAGAGGAUACCCCAAUAAGAAGUUGUCUGCAUCAGCAGCUCCAUUCAAUCCGUCACCAGUCAUUACACAUCCGGCAGUUGCCAUGAAUAUCACUCUUCCUUCUGGUCCUCGUGCUGUUCCAGCUAUUGCACCCUGGCCGGUAAACAUAAAUGUUCACCGUGGGCCUGCUGUCCUACCCACAGUUAAUCCAAUUUGCUCCUCCCCUCAUCAUCCAUACCCGUCACCUCCACCAACCCCAAACAUGAUACAAGCAUUGCCCUUUAUGUACCCUCCAUAUACUCAAAGCCAAGCAGUACCAACCAGCACAUUUCCUGUGACGAGCAGCGGCUUUCAUCCUAACCAUUUCACAUGGCAGUGCAAUGUGAACCCCAAUGUUUCAGAGUUUAUUCCUGGUACAGUUUGGACUGGCUGCCAUCCAGUGGAGUACUCUGUUCCUCAACCUGUUGUUGAGCCGAUAUCUGAUCCCAUGUUGGAGACAAAACUGCAGCCUGAUGAUUCUGGAAGCCCAAGCUCAUCUUCGAUCCCGCCAGUGGACAUUGACAAUGUGGGGGAAGCUAGGAAAGAAGUGAAUCUUCUAGCAUCAGAGGAAAUGCAGAAUGCAAAUGAAGUUGCUGAAAUCGGACGGGAAAAUGAUAAGGAAAAUGGUCACCCUAUUCUGUCUAGGGUUGAAAAAAAUGCUCUGAGUGAACCAAGUCAGAACAAUAGCUCAAAUGAUGAUGCUGGAAAAAGCGGUGAAAGUAAGAUUGAUGGUGAAAAAACCUUAAGCAUUUUGACUAGGGGGAGAAGAAACCGAAAGCAGACUCUUAGAAUACCAAUAAGUUGGCUCAAUCGACCAUAUGGCUCACAGUCUUUUAAAGUUAUUUAUAACAGAGUACUCAGGGGAAGUGAUACCCCUAAGUCUUCCAGCUUUCCUUCAGGAGAUGAUUGUACAGCUAGUGCCUCAUAACCCCAUCUUUUCUUGUUUGUCAAGUGUAGCAGGAUUGUUGAGAAAAAAGAAGAUAAAGACCUUUGUGUAAUACAUGAAAGGGACAAGAGUACCUUGGAUCUACUCUGGCUCUUAUGAUCACAAUAUGCCUUGUCUUAUCAGUUCCUGAUUGCACCACCUUUCCAAAAUAAUUUUAGUCUCCUGCCUACCUUGGAUCUACUCUGGCUCUUAUGAUCACAAUAUGCCUUGCCUUAUCAGUUCCUGAUUGCACCACCUUUCCAAAAUAAUUUUAGUCUCCUGCCUGCAAAAGGACAUUGAUGAUGAAGGAACAAAGGCUAAUUCCCUACAUAGGUUUACAAUAGGAGAAAUUUACCUUGGGAAUUCAAUGGGCAUUUUUUUGAGGUGACAAUUUUGGUUUCUAAUGUAGUUAGGAAAUUUUGACAAAUUUGGUUCACAGCAUCUAUAGACAGAAAUCAGUACUUUUUCCCCUCCAUUCCGAACAGCAAUGUUUUGAUAAUUAAUUUGGUAAAUUAUAUAUGACUUCAUUUUUUAAUGAUUGGGUUUUACUAUUGUAUUUCUUUAUUUGAA